AAGAAACCCCAAGGAACUGACCAACGAUAAAUAAAUAUUACCGUUUUGCGCAUGACUCUCUUAAACUCAUAAAUAUGGAUUGGAAAAUGUUUAUAAUUUUUGGUCAAUAAAAUGAAAGCGUGACUUUUAUGUGUCAGUAGCUAACAAUCAGGCUAUUGAUUGCCUUGUAAUACCCAUAGCUAGUCGGGUGUUAAAGUGGCUUAAAGUCAUACGUCGUAAUAGUCGAAUUCUCACCGAGAACAACAAAAAAUAAAAGAGACGUUAUGAAAAAAAUUAAAAUCACUUCAAAACCUAAUAAAGAUUCUGAUGCAAGUCCGAGAAAAAAUCUCACAGCUUGGGGAAUCUUCGUUGAUGUUUAUAACGAAUUUGCAGCCGAAACUUCAAUUCAUGGUUUAAAAUAUACGACUCAACGAAGAUCAAAAAUUGAUGGAUUUAUAUGGUUGACAAUUGUCGUUAUAUCGAUAGUAUCGGCAGGUCUUUUGGCCAGUCAAUUUUACGAAAGACAUCGAGCUGCUGGUAUGAGAACGACAGUUGUGAGCACACAGUUUCCAGCAUGGGAGUUGAAACUUCCAGCAGUGACUUUGUGCCACGGUACAAUGGCAAGAAUGGAAAAGCUGAAUCUUUUUCUUGACGCACGGGAUACCAUAUUACCUCGUGGCCUUUCACGUCUUGAUUUGGAGGAGGCGUUAAGUCAUCUCCGGGAGACAAUCGAGCCUACGAAUCGUUUUCCAGUUCGAGUAAACUUAAUACACAAACUUAUCAACGCAAACAGUAUGACGGUCCAUCAAUUUUUGGAAAAAGUUGGACCAAACUGUACGGAGUAUUUGAUUAUGUGUAAAAGGGGAGAUCGGGAAGAGCCCUGUGAAACUCUGAUGUUACCAUCCCUUACACCUUAUGGAUUAUGCUGCUCUUUCAAUUAUCAUUUGGCAUCGAGUAACGAUCCGCUAGAAACUAAGAGGGGAAAAGAUGAUGAGAUUAUCUAUCACUCGGUGACUUAUGGUUCUCGUUUCGCGUUAUCAUUUCUCAUAAAUCCUUUCCUAGAAGAUAGAAUAUCAUCGACAUUUUACGGUGAUGGGAUUAAAGUCCUCAUUCACGAAUCUCGUACAUACCCUGGAUCGGCUGCUUGGGAAUUUAUUGCGCCAACCGGCCAUGAGACGAUAGCAAAUAUACUAGGUAAUCGUCUUGUGAGCAGCAACGAGGUACUGAAUCUAGGCGAAAAUGUAAGAAGUUGCAUAAAUACAGCAAACCUAGUACAACCUUAUCGUGCGAAUAAUUGUUAUGCCACGUGUCGUGAUGAGGCUAUAAAAAAGGCAUGUCGUUGCCUACCAUUCUUUUCUUACUCAAGCGAUUUGGGAAAAAUACGUCAAUGCGAUUUCACCAAAACUGCUUGCUUGGCCAGAAAUUUUAUGAGCUCGAAUUCCCUCAAACUUGAAGAUCCAGAGUGCGGAUGCUCGCCAGAAUGCGAGCAAACUACUUACUCGGUCGCUACGACAACGAUCCCCCUUAACGCGGCGCAAUUUGCAGUUGCGCCAAUUUACAAUGAAACUAAGCGAUUUCCGCAAGCGACUGCCUUGCAUAUAACUCUUUCCUCUCAAGUCAUGACCUUACAACGUCGAGAUGUGGUACAAUCUUGGAUUAAUUUGCUCUCAUCUUUAGGGGGUGUAUUCAGCUUGUUUUUGGGCUGCAGUUUCAUCUCACUUAUAGAGAUAAUAUACUUCUUCUGCAUAUGUCUGCCAAGUAAGUUAACGAUGAGAUUUUUCAAGAAGUGUGACCCUGUUUCCAAUUCCAAUGGGUAAUCUCUUAUCAUUUAUUCAAAGUUUGUGAAAAAUAUCAUGAAGAUGAUUUUGAGGAACAAUAACAAUGCAAAAGUGUCUGUAACUAAUUGUCUCUUCGUUUAGUGGAAAUCGUAAUUUUUAGCCUUUGAAAUUAUUUCCAUUUCACUCAACACCUGAACUUCUGAAAUAUACUAUUUCACCUUGUGAAACUGUUAGCAUAUUGAAUACAAAUAUUGCGGAAACCGGCCAGAAACGAUUGUGACCCUUUGCCCCAGAAAAAAACAUAUUAUUCAUCACCUCAACUUCAUCAAACCGAAAACAGCUUUAUCCCAAAUUCUUUUACGAUGUUAUCGCGGUUUUAAAUAAAGAAUGCAUUCUAUGA